UUCCCGCAGGAUCGCCUCGCCGAGCUCUACGCGCGCAAGUGCGGCUUCCCGACCGACGACGAGACCGCGUACGAGUUUGCCGACGAGCAGCUCACGCUCAUCGAGCUCGGCGUGCCGGAGAAGAAGGCGUUCGAAAUGCUCAUGGAGAAGUACGAGCACGUCGAGGGCGACCGGUUCCUGCAAAAGUACUACCAAGUGCGUGGCGAGGCCUUCAUCCCGAGCACCAAGCCGCACGAGAUGACCGAGCGGUGGGCCAACCAGGAGGCCGCUGCCAUCAAGGAAGGCAUGCGCCUCGAGUUCGAAGACGCCGCCGAGAUUGCGGCCUUGGAGAAGGAGUACCACCACGAAGAAUAG